AUGUAUUUAAGACAUUGUACAACUUUGUCAACAAUUAAUACUAUUUCUAAAAUAAACUUUAGAUUUUUUUCUACUCCUGUUAAUGAUGAAAAUAGUAAUAUUAAAAAUGAAGAUAAAACAUCAACAUACCAAGAAUUAAAUUAUGUUAAACCACCAAAUUAUCUUAAUACAUAUCCUUUACAUGAGCCUAAACAUAUGUUACAAGAAGAAUUCAUGCCUGAAGCCAACAAAACUGGUACCGGUCCUCGUUUAGCUGACUAUUUAGCAAUUAAAAAAAUAGUUGAAUCAUUGGAAACUCCACAAGAAAAGAUUGAUUUUGUUAAUCCAUAUGAGAGAGAAUGGACUAGGGUUGAAAAAAAAUGGCAUAGAAGAUGGCACCCAAAACUUUUUGGAACAAGAAAAGCAUGGGCAUUACCUGUGGUUCCUAAAUAUUUUGACUGUUCAUCAUAUUAUCAAUAUAUUACUAAAAUGAGAUUAAUUAAUGAUAAGAAAUCUUUUGAUAAUCUGUUUAAGAAUCUUGUUUUUCCAACUAAUGCAUUUGAGAAAAAAGUAACAGAAUCAUUGAUAUCUUUUUUAUUUACUGAAUCAAUUGAUUCAGACAAAAUAAAGACAGACAAAUUUUUAAGGGCACUUCUUUGGGAUGCUGAAAGUUACCUUGGUAUUAAUAGACAAUCAUUUAAAAAUUUAAGAAUAUCAGAAACAGAAAGAAUAGAGUCAUUCUGGGUUCGUGGUGGUUUUUCUCAUUUUUAUGAAUGGCAACCUAUAUGGGAGAAAGAACCUAUUUUAAAUAGACGAUUAAUGAAAAAAUUUAUUGGUGAUGAUAGAAGAAAAUUGGGAGAAUUAGCUUUUACAAUGAGAGAUGAAUUUGCUAUACAUAUUAGACAAGAAAACCCUAUGACUCAUUUAUUUUCACUUAAUGAUCAUGAAACUGUUGAGUCUCCACUUUUUGAUAAAGAUGUUGAUCUUAAAGAUAUCUGUUAUUCACCAAAAAUUUUUAAUCUUUGGCCUGAUAAAGAUCCAUUAUGGCAAUGUCCGGGAUAUGAAUAUGAUUGUGGAGAGACACAUAAAUAUGGUCGUGUAGCUUUAAAAAAUACUUUAGAUAUUAAUAAACGUCUUGAUUAUUGGAAAGUAGUAAAUGAUGGUGAAAAUGUAUCAAAAAAUAUGUAUAAUAGUGUUGCUAUAAGUUCUCUAUUUAAUUGGUUAAAUGCUCAAGCACAUUGUAAUGGAUAUACACAAUUUACAGAUCUUGAUAAACCAUUUGUUUCAAAUUUAAUUCUUAGUGAUGGGCAUAAAUUUGCUUUUGCAACAGGUCAAUUAAAUACAAUUGCUAUAAAUAUAGAUAAUCCAGAUUUUGUUAAUAACAGAACAAAUGUAUGUUAUGUUGAUGGACCAUAUACCUUGUAUGAUGAGUAUGAUCCAACAAAUGAAACAUUCUAUUAUAUAAAUGAAAAAGGAGCAAAUGAAAAAGGUCUUAAUAAAUUUGUUUUAUCAAGAAUCUUACAAUUAAUAGCUAAAUAUUAA